AAAAAGAUACAGUUGCCCAGAUGGAUUGUAUCUGCAUAUUAUCUAUGUAAAAUCUGAUGCAAAGAUUAGUACAUGUUCACAUAAUAGAUAUCUGUGCAUACAUACACUAUUAGUCUCAAGUGUUUAAGCUGUUGGUUGUUUCACACUUGGUGAAAAUGUAUGUUUCAAACUGGAAUAAUAGUGUAUUUCCAUUGUGCUGGCUUUGAAGGCAGCACAGAGCUGGUCGGUCUCCUGUAUUUUUGGUGGUUCAGUCACUUGGAAUCAGUUCCAUUGAUCAACUUUUAAGCUGUGAUUUUAUGUAAAAGCUGGUUUUGGUAUAUUUAGCUUCCUUUUUUUUUUUCCCCCCUCAGCUCUAUUCUUCCUCGCUUGACGGCAGCAUUAAGCUGUGGGACUUCAUGGAUGGCAUUCCCAUUAAAGUAUGUUCACUCAUUCUUGUUGAGCACAUGUCAGACCCAGAAUAGGGAUUUCUGCAGCUGUUACUACAGAUGGGCACAAAUCAGUCUGAGACUUUCACUGUAGGAUCCAAACUUCUGGCACUGUAUGCACUUGCUAGUUCUGAGGAUUUGCUGUUUGUAGUAAUUCCAAAGAGUGGUGAAAGAGAUACAUUCCAGCUGGUCUCAGUUAAGCUGACAAAAGCAGCAGGCCAAGAUGUGGAAGCCAAGGAAUUGUCAGUGGUUUUGGAUGGUGUGGGUGCAUCACCGAAGCAUAUCGCAUUUGGAAGAGAAGGUCAAUAUGUGGCAUCAGUGAAGGAGGCUAAUCUCCAAGUUUAUUUUUUUAAACAGAAGCAGUUGAACAGGUUUUCUGUAAAUGCAGUGAAGACAAAAGGUGGAAACAGUCAGUUCAGUUGCAUAGCAUGCCAUCCUACAGAGGAUUGUAUUGCAACGGGCCAUGCUGAUGGAAAGAUUCGCCUCUGGAGGAAUUUCUACCACAAGAAAGAAUACACGUUUUCCACACUGCACUGGCAUCAUGAUACUGUCAUGGAUCUAGCUUAUUCUGUGGAGGGAACAAGCUUGCUGAGUGGCGGAGUUGAAUCUGUUUUAGUUCUGUGGCACAAUGAAUCAGACCGUCGGAAGGAUUUCCUUCCUCGUUUGGGGUCUCCUAUUGAGUACAUCUCCAUGUCAUCUGAUGGCUCACUCUGUUGCACCCUGCAUAAAGACAACAGAAUUACAAUUAUCAACAGCAACCUCAGAUUUUCUAAAAGUAUUCAAGGGCUAAUCAAAAGUAUGGAUGUGAAGACUGGUCUGGUGGUUGAUCCUAGAACCAAAGCUUUGGUGCUGAAUGGAGAGCCUGGCCACUUGCAAUUCUAUUCUCUCCAAAGUGAUCAACAGCUGUUCAGUUUGGAUAUUGUGCAGCGACAAUACAUUCACCAGGCAGGUUUAAAGCAAGCUGACUUGGUCAAGGUUGCGUUUAGUGCCCAAGGCAAGUGGCUAGCCACAGUGGAAGAGAGAGAAGAAGUAACUGACCCUGAGUUACAGUUGAAGCUGUGGUUCUAUGAUGAAGAAACACAAAGCUUUAAGCUGAAUACUAGGAUAAAUAUGCCCCAUGAAGACCACAUAACAGACAUGUGCUUUCGUGACAUGAAUGAAUUGGAAGAUGACUCUGUGAUACUGGUAACUGCUGGCAGAGACUGUGUGUUUAAAGUCUGGGUGAUGGUAGAAGACACUGAUCCAGAAGCACAACAGAGUGUGAGCUGGAGCUGUGACUUUGUAGGCAGCUACCACAACUACCAAGCCACGAACUGCUGUUUCUCAGAAGAUGGCUCUUUGCUUGCUGUUAGCUUUGAAGAAACUGUCACUGUAUGGGAUUCAGUUACUUGGGAUCUUAAGUGUACGUUUUGCCAUCCACCUGGAAAAAUAAGGAACAUCUGCUUUGGGAGACUAACAUGUUCCAAGUACCUUAUUGGUGCCACUGAUCAUGGCUUUCUAUGUUGCUGGAACCUGCUCACUUGUGCAUUGGAAUGGAGUGCCCACCUCAACGUCUUAGUUCUGCAACCUGAUCCCCUGUCCGAACAUAUUGCUGCUGUCUCAUGGCUCUCCAAAGAAUCCAGCUUGUUUGUGUUUAAACCAAAUGAGCCACGGCCAAUCUAUAUCCAGAGAAACCUUUGUAAAGAGAAGAUCCUGCUUGCUGCCUUCGUUCCAAGAGAUGAACCUGAAAUGACUGGGUCAGAAAAAUACCUUUGGCUAAGAAGAUCCCAACUAUUUUUCCUUACGGAUACGCAAGAGCUAUUGACGCUUAGCACAAGGUCUCUAGAAGAAAGGCUCACACCAUCCAGCAAACAGCUGGCAAUAGAAGAAAGUCUUCCAGUGACCCCUUUUAGUUUGCUACUGGGAAAGCACAGACGUCAGCAAUCACAAGAGGAUACAGACCUUGGAAAACUAGUUGUUCAUAACAAGCAUGAGCAAGAUUCACCCGCUGUCAAAGAGCUUUUGCACACUCCAGCGCAUGUUCUGCCAUCUGCUUCCUUCCUAUGUCCUAUAUUUAUUAAUUCAUUGCUCAUCUCCAGAGAGAAUAAAAGUGCUGAAGAAGUUGCUGAUGAAGUGGAAAUGGAAAGUGAAAAAACAGAUGAUGAUUCGGAUGAGGAAGGAGAUGUUACUGAAAUGGAACAAGAAAAUACAAAUCCUAUGGAAUUAUUAGGAGAGAUGACGUGUAAACUGUCUAAAUCCCAGGAAAGAGAGCUACGGAAAUUAAGAAAAAUGGACUACAGUUGGAUAUCAGCUUUCUAAAUGGACACCUUUGGGUUUUUAUACUGUAAACUGAAGCUUUUGUGGAUUAAAUAUUCUUCAAAAAAA